AUGUCGUAUGAUCGGUAUUUAGCAAUCUGCAAACCCCUGUACUACACCACCCGUAUGAAUGACAGGUUCUGCCUCCAGCUGGCGAUUGGCUCUUGGGUAAGUGGCUCCCUAGCGAUUGCCACAUUGACAGUGUUGUUGUCACAGUUGACUUUCUGUGACUCCAAUGGAAUCGACUAUUUCUUUUGUGAUUUCACCCCCAUAGUAAAACUCGCCUGCAGUGACACUCACCUUCUGGAAGUUACUGCUUUCGUAUCUUCCUCCAUAUUCACCCUGCCCCCAUUUCUAUUGACCUUGGCAUCCUAUAUUCAUAUCAUUGCUGCCAUCCUGCUCCUGCGAAUCCCCUCCACCACCGGGAGGCAAAAGGCCUUUUCCACCUGCUCCUCCCACCUCAGCGUGGUGACAAUUUACUAUGGAUCCCUAAUCAUUGUGUACAUGCUCCCAGACUCCAACAGGCUGAGAUCCCUGAACAAAGUGUUCUCUGGCUUCUACACCAUCUUGACUCCCCUGGUUAACCCCCUGAUAUACAGCUUGAGAAACAACGCGGUAAAGGAGGCCCUGUGGAAAGCUCUCAGUAAAUUGGUGCCCGUCACAAGAAUUUAG